CGACGGGAGGGACGGCUGAUCCUGCCUCCUAGCCCCACACAUACAGCAGAGCUGGGAGGAGGAUCCAGCCACCAUCACCUCUUUAAUGAGAUAGAUGGAUCCCACUACAACCUGAACGAGGGGGGACCGUUUAAUCCGGGAUCACCAGCUGGACUGAUGCAGGCAACUGAAAGGGGCAACAUCCCCUAAUCUCUCUCUACCUGUAUUUCCACCCCGGCUCAUCUGGGGUAACUUGCCAGCAGCCAAGAUGAUGGAGAUACAGAUUGACGAUGGGGUGGUCUACCAAGAUGACUAUUGCUCCGGGUCUGUUAUGUCGGAGAGGGUUUCUGGACUGGCAAACAGCAUCUACCGGGAGUUUGAGCGCCUGAUACGAUGUUACGACGAGGAGGUGGUAAAAGAACUCAUGCCGCUGGUGGUCAACGUUCUGGAAAACCUCGAUGCCGUGUUGACGGAGAACCAGGAGCAUGAAGUGGAGCUGGAGCUUCUGAAGGAGGAUAACGAACAGUUGCUGACUCAGUAUGAACGGGAAAAAGCCCUCAGGAAGCAGGCAGAGGAGAAAUUCAUUGAGUUUGAAGAUUCGCUUGAACAAGACAAGAAGGAUCUUCAGUAUCAGGUGGAAAGUCUGGAAUUUCAGUCCCGGCAGCUGGAGCUGAAGACCAAAAAUUACGCUGACCAAAUUUCCAGGCUGGAGGAGCGAGAGGCGGAAAUGAAGAAAGAAUACAACGCUUUGCAUCAGCGGCAUACAGAGAUGAUCCAAACGUACGUGGAACACAUCGAACGCUCCAAAUUGCAGCAGGUGGCAGGAAACAGCCAAUCAGAUGGCGGCGUCACUGGCAGAAGCCACCGCCAGUCCUGGAGGAAAAGCCGAAAGGAGCGCCCAACCUCACUAAACGUCUUUCCCCUGGCGGACGGAAUGGUACGUGGGCAGAUGGGUGGCAAAAUCACCCCAAGCUCGGACCACUGGCGCCUGAGUGACCUCAGCCAGCUAAAGUCCAGCUUCAGCUACAAGGAUGAGAUGUCUGAGUCUGGCCAGUCGUCGGUGGCAGCCACCCCAAGCACCACGGGCACCAAAUCUAACACUCCCACCUCAUCCGUCCCAUCAGCGGCGGUCACCCCCCUACACGAAAGUCUCCAGCCCCUCCAAGAUUACGGAAUGACCGGCAAAAACAAGAGGUCGCGAGAGAAACGGAACAGCCACAAUAUGGAGGUGCAGGUCAACCAAGAGAUGAGGAACGUCAGCAUCGGUAUGGGUAGUAGCGAUGAGUGGUCUGAUGUCCAAGAGAUUAUCGAUUCCACGCCAGAGUUGGACAUGUGUCAGGACCCCAGGUUGGAACGCAUGGGAAACAGCCCAACGCAAGGGAUCGUCAACAAAGCUUUCGGAAUCAACACGGAUUCUUUGUAUCAUGAAUUAGCCACAGCCGGCUCAGAGGUCAUCGGCGAUGUCGACGAAGGGGCAGAUCUUCUCGGAGAAUUUUCAGGGAUGGGAAAAGAAGUGGGGAAUCUCCUCCUGGAAAACUCUCAGCUACUGGAGACCAAGAAUGCCUUGAAUGUGGUAAAGAACGACUUGAUAGCAAAAGUGGAUCAGCUCUCUGGGGAGCAGGAGGUUCUGAAAGGAGAGCUGGAGUCUACAAAACAGGCCAAGGUGAAGAUGGAAACCCGUGUUAAAGAGCUGGAAGAAGAACUGAAAAGGGUGAAAUCUGAAGCUAUUGUAGCCCUGCAGGAACCUAAAGAGGAGGUGGAUGAGAGUUCCUCGCCUCUCCAGGAUAACAUCCCAAUCGCUCAGAGAAGAAGGUUCACCCGCGUGGAGAUGGCCCGUGUCCUGAUGGAAAGAAACCAGUAUAAGGAGAGACUCAUGGAGCUCCAGGAGGCUGUUAGGUGGACGGAAAUGAUCAGAGCCUCCCGGGAGCACCCGUCUGUACAAGAAAAGAAAAAAUCCACCAUCUGGCAAUUUUUCAGCAGACUCUUUAGUUCUUCAUCCAGCCCCCCUCCAGCUAAGAGAUCUUACCCGUCCGUCAACAUCCACUACAAGUCUCCUACCCCAGCCGGGUUCAGCCAGCGCCGAAGCCACACAAUGUGCCAGAUCUCCUCGGGAGGCCGAACCAUCGAGUUCUUCCCUGAUGAUGACUGCACGUCCACUGCUCGCAGGGAACAGAAGCGCGAGCAGUACCGCCAAGUGCGAGAGCACGUGCGCAACGACGACGGCCGGCUCCAAGCCUGCGGGUGGAGUCUACCCGCCAAAUACAAGCAGCUGAGUCCGAAUGGUGGUCAGGAGGACAACCGAAUGAAAAACGUGCCGGUUCCAGUGUAUUGCCGACCCCUGGUGGAGAAAGACCCCACCAUGAAGCUCUGGUGCGCGGCUGGAGUGGAUUUGACCGGCUGGAAACCAUGCGAAGAGGAUUCUGGGAAUGGCAUCAAACCAAUAUCGGGACGGGAUCCUUUGACUUGUGAUCGAGAAGUGGAAGGAGAAAGUAAAAGCACCCAUACCUCCCCAGAGAAGAAAAAGAGUAAAGAGUUGCAUGAAGCUGAUGCGACGUCCAGCCGCGUGUGGAUCCUUACCAGCAUGCUGUCUACAAGCAAGGUGGUGAUUAUCGACGCCAACCAGCCUGGCACCCUGGUCGAUCAGUUCACUGUCUGCAAUGCGCAUGUUCUGUGUAUCGCCAGCAUCCCUGCUGCCUGCGACACGGAUUAUCCGCCGGGCGAGAUAUUCCUGGAAGGGGAUGUGAAUCCAGAAGAUUCAGGAGACACCGAUGGCGUCUUAGCAGGUAUCACCAUCGUGGGAUGUGCUACCAGAUGUAACGUGCCACGAAGUAACUGUUCCUCCCGCGGAGAUACUCCUGUCCUGGACAAGGGGCAAGGGGAAGUUUCCACGGUCAGCAACGGGAAACUCAACCAGCAUCAAUCGGCAGAAGAAGCCACAGAGGCCCUCGAGGUUCCGGAAUCUUCGGCCAGCGAAGCAGCACCUGCCCAAGUCCGACCUGGUCUUCUAACGGAACAUGUCUUCACUGACCCGCAACCCGUGGCCAAUGGCAAACUCUGCAGUGAGAAUGGACUUUUGAAACCAGAAGUAACAACAACGCAACAAGAUACAGAGCAAAGCAAUGACGCCGGGGGUACCAGUGCUGCACCCACAAUGUGGCUAGGGGCCCAGAAUGGCUGGUUGUACGUACACUCCGCUGUCUCUAACUGGAAAAAGUGCCUGCAUUCGAUUAAACUAAAGGAUUCUGUGUUAAGCCUCGUGCACGUAAAAGGACGGGUUCUUGUGGCUCUUGCUGACGGAACCCUCGCCAUAUUUCAUCGGGGAGAAGACCGACAGUGGGAUCUUAGUAACUAUCACCUGAUGGACCUGGGUCACACACAUCACUCAAUCCGUUGCAUGGCGGUGGUGUACGACCGUGUGUGGUGUGGGUACAAGAACAAAAUACACGUGAUUCAGCCCAAAACCAUGCAAAUAGAGAAGUCCUUUGACGCUCAUCCGCGCAGGGAGAGCCAGGUACGGCAGCUGGCAUGGAUCGGAGACGGAGUGUGGGUAUCUAUACGGCUUGACUCGACGCUGAGGCUUUACCACGCACACACGCAUCAGCACCUACAGGACGUGGACAUCGAACCUUAUGUCAGCAAAAUGUUAGGCACAGGGAAGUUGGGCUUCUCGUUUGUUCGGAUCACUGCACUCCUCAUCGCUGGCAAUCGCCUCUGGGUAGGAACGGGCAACGGAGUUGUCAUCUCUAUCCCGCUAACAGAAACGGUAGUCCUCCAUCGGGGCCAGCUGCUGGGGCUGAGGGCCAACAAAACCUCCCCCACCUCCGGAGAAGGCACGCGACCGGGUGGCGUGAUCCACGUCUACAGCGACGACAACAGUGAUAAAUCUACGGGGAGUUUUAUCCCUUAUUGCUCGAUGGCGCAGGCUCAGCUCUGUUUCCAUGGACACCGCGAUGCCGUUAAAUUCUUUGUGUCAGUACCAGGUAAUGUCCUGGCGACACUGAACGGCAGCGUUCUGGACAGCCCGUCUGAAAAUCCAGGGACCCCGUCCGCGGAGACAGAAGUGCAGCAGCUCAAGAACGUCCUUGUGUUGAGCGGAGGCGAAGGAUAUAUUGACUUCCGCAUCGGGGAUGGGGAAGACGACGAGACGGAAGAACACUCAGCGGAUGGUGGCAACGAAACCAAACCAGUGCUAUCUAAAGCAGAAAGAAGCCACAUUAUAGUAUGGCAGGUGUCUUACAUCCCAGAAUGAGUCCAGCCUCCUCUCAGAAUGCCCAGACAAUUCCUGCAUCCUUCCACCUUUUCCUCCUCCGACUUCAUUGAAACUUGGACCUGCGUCAGACCGGGUCUCCCCAUAUUACUGGUGGCUCCCGACCUUCCCUGCGAUGCCCUUGACUGUGGAGCUCAGCAAACUCACAAGAUAGCCUGAAGACUCUCUGCACUCCGGCUCUGUCUGUCACACGAAUGACAUCUCUUUAUGCUUCUUGUAAUGAAGAACCGGUGCCAGAGCUCACAGCGAUAACCUAAGCAAUCUAACACCUUCAACGUCACCGGGGAAAGACAAAGCCCUGAUUUUUUUUUUUUCUGGAAAUUAAGUUAGUUAAACCCAGUCCAGGCACAGAUUCACCCAAUUCCUAUCAACGGAGAGCUGCAUGGAUCACUCAUAGCCCGCCAUAUCUCCAUGGGCAAUAAUAUAA